AAUUUUAAUAUUUUAUUUUUUAGUUUUCGGCGGACACAACAUCUUUGUUUUUUUUGUAUGUGGUGCUGAGGAUCGAACCCGGGGCGCACGCAUUCCAGGCGAGCGCGCUACCGCUUGAGCCACAUCCCCAGCCCGCAACUGCUUUUUCUAACUUGCUCAAGAAAGGAUCAGGAUUUGUGUUUGUUUGUUUUUUCCCCAAAACGUGACAAUGUUUGAACCUAACUAAACCAAGCCAACUUUUCUAUUGUAGCAAUUAUAUAAUUGAUAUAUAUAGUCAAUUUUCUAUUGAUUGAUAUUGUUAAUUAUUCAAGGGCUAAAAGAUAAAUAGCCUAUUAUCUGGACAAGUCUGCCUAUGCCCAUUUAUUUCCCAGAAAUUAAGACAGAGAGGUCAAGUGAUCUCUUCAAAGCAGUAGAGCCAUUCCCGGUGUCCCUGUGUCAAGUGUGGUAGUUUUGGGCUGUCAGCACACACAGACUGGGGGAGGCGGGGUCUGCUGCUGUCUGCCUGUGUGUCCUCAGACAAAUUGCUUCACUUCUCUAAGCAUUGGGUGCCUGGUCUGUAAAUGGGAUAGGAUACUUCAUGGACAAUUUUAAACAGAAAAAAACAGAGGUGGUACUAUAGUGUUUUGCUCAGUGCCAAAUUGUUGUUGUUGUUGUUGUUGUUGUUAGUGGUAGUAGUCGUUGUAGUAAUAGCAGUAGUAGUAGUUGCUGAUUACUACAGUGUGACUAGACCUGUUUUUUGUAAGAUGAUGUCAAGAAGAGUCAGAUUGCCUGACAGGACAAGGAGUCAUUUUCUCAGUAGGACCUCCAGGAGGCUGUUUCUCCGGCCUAGAGGUUUCAGCUGUCAACGUUCUCCCAGUCUUACACUAAAUUCUGCCCUUACCACACUCUAAAUGAGCCUUAAAAGGCCCAGGCUCUGUGCUGUCAUAGUUGGCGAUCCUAAGCAGUGGGCACCAUCAGGGCUUCCCAGGACUUCCAGCCUCUGGCAGAGCUGGGCCUGUCUAGGGACUUCCUGCUGUCCUGCAUGUAGCUAAAUAGGUUCCAGCACUAACUCUGAGGUGGAAAAAAAAAAAAAAGAAUGCUGUGUGGAUAUAAGUCAACAAGGACUUGAUCUUUUGGAGGUGGGAGGCAACAUUUGGUUCUGUAGGGUAAUAUUCCCACCACCACUUGACACCCCAGACCACCCCCUCUUUCUCCCUUAGAAAAAUAUCUUAUCAGCUUAUCUCCACUACUAGGUCUGGGAGCCCUGGAUCUGUAGAGUCAGGACUUAUAGAUUUCCCUUAAAUUCUCACAAGAAAAAAAAUAUAUAUAUUAGACUUUAAAUUUUUUCUUCUCCCUGAAUAUAAAACAAAAAUAUAAACUCCCACCAGAUGGAUGUUCCCUUUAAAUAACAUUUUGUUUUCUCUUGGGGAAGCUGACUUGAUGGCCGAAGAGUCAUUUCUAAAGUGAACCUAGUUUUUAGAAAAAAUAGAUCACCGGAUGUCAGGCUUCAUGUGGAGCUCGGUUCAGAUGAAAAUGAAAGCAGCAGGCUCGCAGCAGCCCUCCCUUGACUUCAGGCUGGAGGCGAGAGGCAGUGUUUGGACCCUGCUCAGUCACUGGCUGGCCCCACACUGCAUUUGAUAGGUGCCUUAGUCAUUUUCCAAGCAGCUUUGCUUAGGUGAGCAGAGCACUUUCUCUGGAAGGUGAGUCACCCGUGCAGGGGUGUAGGUGACGGGUGAUUUGUUCCCCAGCACAGUUGCAGAGGAAGUCCUGAGCAGACCUUGUUGAGAAGCUCUCUGCCAAAGAUCACUCUCAUUCCAGCCCAAGGGCUAGGAGGCAGGGAGCAGGAAGCCAGCGGGAGGCUCUGGGCUUGCUGACUGACAGAUGGCUCCCCUGGUGGGGGGUCAUGUGAACAAGGCACAAAGCCCAGGUCAGCAGUGUCCCUGUGCUCCUGAGUUGAGCCACCUUGAGGGUGGAAAAUGGCCCACUUCCAGGGACAGUCAGCAAAGCAGCAGGAGGGGAGCUUUGGCCCCAGGGAGCUGGGAAAUCCCUUGGCAGAAAGCAAAGAGAUACAAACUGUACUUUGAUAUGAAGGACCUUUUGGGGAACCCUCUCCCCACUGCCUUCCUUCUAACUACCUGAGUUGGAGGCUUGCAAGAGCUCUGGUGAUUGGAGAGGCUAGAUUUCACCCUGACCUUGGGAAACUUUUGGAAUUCUAAGCCUGCCUCCACCUGGUUGUCUGCGUUUCCAGGUCCAGUGUUUAGACUCAGAAAGAAGGGGCAGGUGGAACACCUGAGCCAUCCUUCCCUCCGAGUUUCUGGUGGCUGCAGCUUCUGCUGACUCUUUUCCCACUAAAGUCACCAUCAGGUGUCCAUCAAGGGUGAGAGUGAGCCUGGGAGAUGGCAGUGAUGGAAGUGGCCUGCCCAGGCGCCCCUGGCUCAGCCAUCGGGCAGCAGAAGGAGCUGGCCAAGGCCAAGGAGAAGACGCAGUCACUGGGAAAGAAGCAGAGCUGCGUCUACAAGCUGGAGGCUGUGGAGAAGAGCCCAGUGUUCUGCGGGAAGUGGGACAUCCUGAACGACGUGAUUACCAAAGGCACAGCUAAGGAAGGCUCUGAGGGCGGCCCAGCCGCCAUCUCCAUCAUCGCUCAGGCUGAAUGUGAAAAUAGCCAAGAGUUCAGCCCCACCUUCUCAGAACGAAUCUUCAUCGCGGGGUCAAAGCAGUACAGCCAUCCUGAGAGUCUUGAUCAAAUCCCCAACAAUGUGGCCCAUGCAACCGAGGGCAAAAUGGCCCGUGUGUGUUGGAAGGGAAAGCGUCACAGCAAAGCCCGGAAGAAACGGAAGAAGAAGAGCUCCAAGGCAGGAGUGUCCUUGGCCAAACCCUUGCCCAGAACCCCUGAGCAGGAGAGCUGCACAGUUCCAGUGCAGGAGGACGAGUCUCCACUAGGUGCCCUGUAUGUCAGAAAUGCCCCCCAGUUCACCAAGCCUUUGAAGGAACCAGGCCUUGACCACCUCAGCUUUAAGAAACUCGGAGAGGAUCUACGGCCAGUACUGCCUCGACCGGAACUCCACAAACUCAUCAGCCCCUUGCAAUGUCUAAACCACGUGUGGAAACUCCACCACCCACAGGACAUGGUCCCUCUGCCCCAUUCCACUCACCCCUUUCCCUACAGCAGAUUGCCCCAUCCCUUCCCGUUCCACCCUCUCCAGCCCUGGAAACCCCACCCACUGGAAUCCUUCUUCCUGGGCAAACUAGCCAGUGUAGAUGACCAGAAGCCCCUUCCCGGCCCACACCUAAGCAAACUGACCUGCAUAGACGGUCAGAAACCUCUGCCUGGCCCACACCUGGAGCCCAGCUUCCCGGUUCAGAGCUCCCGUGAGAAGUUCGUGGAAGAGUACCUGGUGCAUGCUCUCCAAGGCAGCGUGAGCUCAGGCCAGGCCCACAGCUUGGCCAGCCUGGCCAAAACAUGGUCAGCCGGGGGCUCCAGGGCCCAGAGGCCCAGCCCUGAAACCGAGGACAAUGAAGGCGUACUGCUUACUGAGAAGCUCAAGCCAGUGGAUUAUGAGUACCGAGAAGAAGCCCACUGGGCCACGCGCCAGCCCCGCCUAGGCAGAGGCUCCUUCGGAGAGGUCCACAGGAUGAAGGACAAGCAGACAGGCUUCCAGUGUGCUGUCAAAAAGGUGCGGGUCGAGGUGUUUCGGGCAGAGGAACUGAUGGCAUGUGCAGGAUUGACCUCACCCAGAAUCGUCCCUUUGUAUGGUGCUGUAAGGGAAGGUCCUUGGGUCAAUAUCUUCAUGGAGCUGUUGGAAGGUGGCUCACUGGGCCAGCUCAUAAAGCAGAAGGGCUGUCUGCCAGAGGACCGGGCCCUUUACUACCUGGGCCAGGCCCUGGAGGGGCUGGAAUACCUCCAUUCACGGCGGAUUCUGCAUGGAGAUAUCAAAGCUGACAACGUGCUUCUGUCCACUGAUGGGAGCCAUGCGGCCCUCUGUGACUUUGGCCAUGCCGUGUGCCUGCAACCUGAUGGCCUGGGGAAGUCCUUGCUCACAGGGGACUACAUCCCUGGCACAGAGACCCACAUGGCCCCAGAGGUGGUGAUGGGCAAGCCCUGUGAUGCCAAGGUGGACAUCUGGAGCAGCUGCUGCAUGAUGCUGCACAUGCUCAACGGCUGCCACCCCUGGACUCAGUACUUCCGAGGGCCGCUCUGCCUCAAGAUUGCCAACGAGCCUCCACCUGUGAGAGAGAUCCCUCCCUCCUGCUCCCCUCUCACGGCCCAGGCCAUCCAAGAAGGGCUGAGGAAGGAACCUGUCCACCGAGCGUCAGCGACAGAGCUGCGGGGCAAGGUUGGCCGGGCACUGCAGCAAGUGGGAGGUCUGAAGAGCCCUUGGAGGGGAGAAUAUAAAGAACCAAGACAUCCACCGCCACACCAAGCCAGCUGCCACCAGGCCCCACAUGCCCAGCCAAGGGAGCGGUCACCAGCUGUGGACACCACUGGAGGGGCCCCUAAGCUUCAGCCUCCUCUACCACCGGAGCCCCCAGAGCGGAACAAGUCUCCAGCCCUGAGCAAGGAGGAAUCUGGCAUGUGGGAACCCUUGCCUUUGUCCUCCCUGGACCCAGCCCCUGCCAGAAGCCCCAGCUCACCAGAGCGGAGAGCAACCUUCCCCGAGCUGGAGCUGCAGCAGCUGGAAAUAGAAUUAUUUCUGAACAGCCUGUCCCAACCUUUUUCUCUGGAGGAGCAGGAACAAAUUCUUUCAUGCCUCAGCAUCGACAGCCGCUCUCUGUCAGAUGACAGUGAGAAGAACCCAUCAAAGGCCUCUCAGAGCUCUCGGGACACCCUGAGUUCCGGUGUACACUCAUGGGGCAGCCAGGCGGAGGCUGGAAGCUCCAGCUGCAACAUGGUGCUGGCCCGAGGGCGGCCCACCGACACCCCGAGCUACUUCAAUGGUGUGAAAGUCCAAAUACAGUCUCUCAAUGGUGAACAGCUGCACAUACGGGAGUUCCACCGGGUCAAGGUGGGAGACAUCGCAACGGGCAUCAGCAGCCAGAUCCCAGCUGCAGCCUUCAGCUUGGUGACCAAAGACGGGCAGCCUGUUCGCUAUGACAUGGAGGUGCCUGACUCGGGCAUCGAUCUGCAGUGCACCCUGGCCCCUGAUGGCAGCUUUGCCUGGAGCUGGAGGGUCAAGCAUGGCCGGCUGGAGAAUCGGCCCUAGCCCUGCCUUCCACAGCUAGCUCCAGUCCACCUGGAGCAACCUUUCUUCUGGGUGCUUGAUGCCACCCUGAGAUACAGAUCCAGCCUGUUCCUAGGGAUCUGCUGUCCCCUGACUCAGUAGUGGGUCCAGGGGCUGGCAGCAGCAAAGUGGGGGCAAAUGAUAUACCACCCCCCCUGGACUUCCCACCUGAGUCCUGCCAUCUCUGCCAAGAAAAUGUUCCAGCCACGUCAGGAGACAGAGGAAGGAAGGCAGGAGGACUCUUCCCAUGGGAACCAAGAGGGUCUUCUCUGCAUUGCUUCACAUGAGUUGGCCUGACCCAUUUGGAUCAGUGACCACUUGCUGGCAAUCGGAGGAAAGCAACUUCCGGCCUGGGGCAGGAGAAGCAAGAGAGCCCCAGGCAAGUGUGAGAGUGAGGGCCCAUGCCCAGGUCAUCUAGGACCAGAGCAGCAGGUGUUCCUGCCCUUGCAUUAGUGGGGGCUUCUGACCCCUUGCCUGGCCUUCCUGGCUGCAGACCCCCUUUGGGAUAGAGGAGGAAGAAAUGCCCAGCACUGGGAAGGAAGCCUCCUUGGUAGAACACACCACCUUUGUAGGUUGUCACAGCUCAGUUCCUAAGUCAAACUCUGGUUCAGCCAAGAACCAAAGAAGGUGUUGCAGUGAAGUGGUUCUCAGCCCUUAGGCACAAGCACGUGUCCCUUUGCUGCUCCCCAGAAGAGCAGGCCCCGUGCGCUGCCACAGACUGGCUGACACUUAGUUCCCUUGUCUAGACAAGUGAAGAUCGACAUGAGACCCACCUGACAGGAACAGUCUGCAGAUGGGGCACCGUAUAGGGGCUGUUCCCCUGCCACACUGCCAACAUCCAGUACACUUGCCCUGCCCAGCCCCUGGUCCCAGGGCACUGCCAGAUACACUUUGCACUCCAAUGACCUCAAAGCACUUUCCUGGCUGCCUUCCAGGAGGGCAGUGGCUCUACAUGGACACAAGCAGGCCAGGGUAUGGGUGAAGGGACUCAGUCUUGACUGUCCAUGUACAUUUGAUCCCUCAAACCUCUCCUCAGUUUAAGGUGAGCACUCCCUACCCACGGCCCCUGCUCGGCCUUUUAUUUGCGGGGAGCUGCUCGAGACUCAUGUAGCAUUAAAUCAACUGUGAAUUGUUGCAGGGAGGGGCACAAGAUCCCUCCUCAGAAGCAGCUCGUCCCCCACCCAGCCGAUGUGGCCUUUGUCCCGCUGUUAGCAUGGAGCCAGACUGCUCCAGGGAGAGCUGGCCCCAUAGUUCUAACCCAACACUGCAGCCCCUCCAAGCUGCAGUGUUG